AUCCCUGUAAAUAGAUUGAGCCAACACAAACUCUGUCGCUUUAGUAAAACACUUGUCGCAUAGUUAUGGCAUAAACUGCAUUUCUACACCGAAGAAUUCACAAUAGUGGUACAAUACGAAUAAUAAAUUUAGAUCCUAAAAAAUGACAUUUUCCAUGUGUCUAUCACGCUCACUAGUUUUACUCUCAGUAUAGUCAGUAAUCAGUAAUCACAAACACUCAACUCAAUUCGAUUGAUAUUUCCGCCCUUACUGAACGAAAAAGCCGACCAACGUCUCGCCAUUUAGCGCCGCAUGUGCAUCUUCCGACUUCUGGAAAUACAAAAUCCUUUCCUUCUUUACAAACACAUCAACCAAAGUAACAACCUAAUGCGACGAAGAAGCCUUAGCAGCGCUGCCAAUGCAACACUCAAGGGCAGGAAAUGGGACGCGCUGAUAAUCGGCGGCGGCCACAACGGCCUCACGGCAGCCGCCUACCUUGCUCGUGGCGGUCUCUCCGUGGCAGUCUUAGAGCGCCGCCAUGUGAUCGGAGGCGCCGCUGUGACCGAGGAGCUGGUCCCAGGGUUCAAGUUCUCCCGGUGCAGUUACCUGCAGAGCCUCUUGCGUCCCUCAGUCAUCGAAGAACUUGAGCUUCCAAAACACGGCUUGAAGCUUCUGAAGAGGAAUCCGUCGUCUUUUACGCCUUGCCUCGACGGACGGUACCUACUCUUGGGCCCCGAUAAAGGUCUCAAUCAUUCCGAGAUUUCCAAGUUCUCGCUUAACGAUGCAGAUGCUUAUCCAAGAUAUGAGAAUCAGCUUGAGAAUUUCUGUAAAUUUAUGGAUCUGGUGCUGGAUUCGUCUCCUCCUGAAUCCUUGCAGCAUAAAUCAUCACUUAAUGAACAACUGAAGAAUAAAUUACAGAAUUCAGUAUUUUGGGCAAGUUGUCUACGACAAGCAUCCUCCUUGGGGCAAAAGGAGAUGGUGGAAUUCAUGGACCUUUUAUUGGCUCCGGCUUCCAAAGUUUUGAACAACUGGUUUGAGACAGAUGUUCUGAAGGCUACACUUGCAACAGAUGCUGUGAUUGGAAGCACAGUAAGAGCAGUUACCUUUAGUGUUAAAAGUCUUUCCAAUGAAAAACAUUUUAACAAUGAAAGGAUAUACAAAUUUCUCCAUUGUUCUUUGAGAGUGAAACAAUUAGAAUAUGUUGAAGGUGGAAUGGGCUCAAUAUCCAAGGCUAUUAGUAAUGCUGCUAUGGAAGCUGGAGCACAUAUUGUAACCAAUUCUGAGGUAUCUCAGUUGUUGAUUGAAGACUCUAGCACUGUCUGUGGGGUGAUUUUGGCUGAUGGUACCAAAGUGCAUUCUUCAAUUGUUCUUUCUAAUGCAACUCCAUAUAGAACUUUCAUGGAAUUAGUGCCUAAUGAUGCCCUUCCAGAUGAUUUUGUUCGUGCGAUUAAGCAUUCUGACUAUAGUUCUGCUACUACAAAAAUAAAUGUAGCAGUUGACAAGUUGCCUCAAUUUGAGUGUUGCAAGUUAAAUCAUCCUCAUGCUGGCCCACAGCACGUUGGCACAAUUCAUAUUGGUUCAGAGAGCAUGGAAGAAAUUCACUCUGCAUCUCAAGAUGCUGUAAAUGGAGUGCCAUCACGAAGACCAGUUAUUGAAAUGACAAUUCCCUCCACGCUGGACAAAACCAUAUCUCCACCUGGUAUGCAUGUGAUCAACCUAUUUGUGCAGUAUACUCCCUACAAACCACUGGAUGGUGACUGGCAAGAUCAUGAAUACAGAGAAUCAUUUGCGCAAAAAUGCUUCAAAUUGAUUGAUGAAUAUGCCCCCGGGUUUAGUACAUCUGUCAUUGGUUAUGACAUGUUGACUCCACCAGACCUUGAAAGGGAAAUUGGUUUGACAGGAGGGAACAUAUUUCAUGGUGCCAUGGGAUUGGAUUCUCUGUUCCUCAUGCGACCUGUUAAAGGAUGGUCGAAUUAUAAGACUCCACUUCAGGGGUUAUACUUAUGUGGAAGCGGGGCACAUCCUGGCGGUGGCGUAAUGGGGGCACCAGGACGUAACGCCGCUCGAUUAGUACUUCAAGAUCUUAAGAAAACUACGUAAGGUUGAGGUGGUAGUGAUUACAUGGCAGCGAAUCAGGUUCAUUUGUCCUAAUUGGUGCCUUUGAGCUGGUAUGUAUGUUUUUGAUAGAAGAAACUUCAAAUAAAUGAAGCAGCUUCCACCAAGUAUUCUUCCAAUGUGUUGGAUAGAAUCAUAGUUGUUAAACCUUUGCGUUAACUCGUAAAUCUGAGCUUAUUAUUGAGAAAUGUUUGCAUCCUUUUACACCGUAUUUGAUGUGUUCUAAAAUUAUUUGCAAAUAUUCUUUUUUUUUUUCUUAAUUUAUAAUGCUUGAAAUUUAUAUAAAAAUAUUCGAAGAGUGCUUUUUGAAUGAUUUUGGAUUACGCAUUAAAUGUGUUUAAAAAACGUAGAAAUAUUUUUUUUAAAUGGACAAGUAAAAUAUGUUGUAAAAUAAAUACAUAGAGCAGAUAGAAUAGAUAUGAAAUAGAGAAGUAGGAAUAAAAAACUCUAGUAUUAAUAUUUUUUAAUAUAAGUAUCUCAAUAAUAGAGAUUUUAUCUGCUUCUCAAUAAUCACUAUUUCGUGUACAUAUAUUAUUUAUAAGAGUAAAAGUAUACGUUUUCACUGUUUGUUUGUUUUUGUCUAAGAUUAUAUGGCU